AAGAAGUGGUACUGGUAGGUGUUUGUGUUUACUGUUUUCAAUUUUUAUUGUAAGCAAGUAUAAAGUCCAAAUAUAGUACGAACAACUGAUUUGCUUUUUAUCGUCGCUUUCACUUUACAGCUUAGCGAUUACACAGUUUUGUACGCCAUUUACAUUUCCACCUCUAUUACCAGCUGUUGCCCUCUUGAUCUCAUGAAAUAAGUUUAAGCUGGGCGAGAAAAAAAAACAUGAUUCAACAUAUUUUUUCACUUUGAAUAUUCUUACAAUCAACAAGUCGUCGCUAAUUGGUAUCUCUCGCUGUAUUUUUAAGUCCAAAGGUGAACAAUACAGUUUAUUACAUUACAUCAAAGAUAACAAGAUAAUUAUUAUGAUAAAUGAUAAGGUUAACAACCGAUAAGUGACAAGUGCGAAUUCAGAAGAAACGUUUUAUACAUUUAUUAUUAAUAUAAUGGAGCCUCCAAGGAAGAUGGUAGCUGAGGAAGAAUUAAAAGUUUAUUUUCCUGACUUGCCAAGUGGGCCUUUAGAUGGCUACAGGAAGAAAGGCACGUUUAGUUGGCGCCGAAUGAAGCUUGUUUACGACAACCUAAAUACAAUCAAAUUGAAACAUGAUAUCUGGACGUUUAUGGAGAAGCACCCAUUGUUUCAACAUUCAGAGGCAUCGCUCACUUUGGAUGAUGAAAGGAAUGUGACUGUGAAAAGAAUGUAUGCCAUGCACAAUGAGAAGUUUACAGCAAUGGAAAAGAUCAUCGAAGAACCCAGGGUGGUGCAAGCUGAAGCGGAGGCUAUGUUUAUGUUCGAUAGUUCACUCGCUAUAAAAAAAACCCUUACCUUUAACAUGUUUGCAAACACAAUACGAGGUAGUGGGAGGCCUGAUCAGUACCAAUUUGUGGAAGAUGUCGAGCAAGCUAAAAUAGGAGGUUGUUUUGCAUUGACGGAGGUUGCGCAUGGAUCCAAUGCUAAAGGCAUGAGGACAACUGCAACUUAUAGUCCGGAAAAGAAACAGUUUAUAAUGCAUUCCGCUGAUUUUGAGGCUGCAAAAUUCUGGGUUGGAUCUUUAGGAAAAUGUUCAACCCACGCAAUAGUGUACGCCAUGCUUAUAUCCAAGGGUACGAACCAUGGCUUGCACUCUUUCAUAGUGCCCAUCAGGGACCCUAAGACCUUGAAACCUUAUCCCGGAGUCAUAGUUGGAGAUAUCGGAGAGAAGAUCGGCCUAAAUGGUGUUGAUAAUGGGUUCGUAAUGUUCAAUAACUACGCGAUUCCUAAGAAACUGGCGUUGGACAAAUUCGGAGGAGUCGACGAUAAUGGGGAAUACAAAUCGCCCUUCAGGGACCCAAGCAAGAGGUUUGGGGCAUCUUUAGGUGUUUUAUCUGGUGGUCGAGUGAUGAUAACGUCGAUAUCCACGAACUACCUGCAGAAAGCGAUAGUGAUCGCCACUCGUUACUCGGCGAUUAGAAAACAGUUCGGGGCUGAGAACGCGAUCGAGGAAACGCCCGUUCUUGAAUAUCAACAGCAGCAAAUUCGCUUGUUGCCGUAUCUGGCAGCGACUUUCGCGCAGAGGAUAUUCUGCACGUGGUUCGGCACGGUGCUCGUUCACAUGACCAUUGACAACUACGCGGGUACUCAAGACGAGUUGGCAGCGGCGCGCGGUAUCGAAGUCCACGCACUGUCGUCAGCUGCGAAGCCCGUGUGCGGUUGGGUCGCGAGAGACGGUAUCCAGAACUGCAGGGAGGCGUGCGGCGGCCACGGCUAUUUGAAAGCGUCGGGUAUAGGCGACCUGCGCAAUGAGAACGACGCGAACUGCACCUACGAGGGAGAGAACAGUCUCCUAUUGCAACAAAACAGUAACUGGCUUCUCGGCGUGUGGCCGAAACGACGCCAGAUAAAAAUAGCGCAAGAAUCCCCCCUCGGGACCUUGGAGUUCUUGGAAAACGUCGACGAGGUCUUGAUGAAGCCUUGCUCUUGGAAAACGAUGGAUGAACUUAUUGAUCCGUACAACCUAACGCAGAUGUAUAAAUGGCUAACAGCUUAUAUGCUGAAGACAACGUAUGAGAAGGUAGCCAAGCUGAAACGCGAGGGUGCGGACAACCUUCAGGCUAAGAACGACUCCCAGUCAUAUAACGCUGUUACACUGUCAGUUAUUUAUGGAGAGAAUUACAUUCUGAACCAUUUCUACAAGACGGCGAAAUCUUUUGAAGACGAAGCUUGCAGGAAAGUUCUACUCAAAAUGGUUUCCUUAUAUGGAGCAUUCCUCUUAGAGAAACACAUGGCAACUUUAUACAUAGGCGGCUAUUUCUCGCUGGAUCAAGGCCUGCAUCUCCGGGAGGGCAUCCUAAAGAUGUGUUCGCUCUUAGCGCCCGAAGCGGUCGAGCUAACAGAUACUCUAGCGCCGCCAGACUUUUGCAUGAAGUCCGUACUCGGCAUGUCUGAUGGAGAGGCGUACAAACACCUACAGAACAGGGUGAUGACGUAUCCGGGAGCCUUGGCGAGGCCGGAAUGGUGGCGCGACGUGGUCUACUGGGACUCGUACAUUCCUUCCAAGCUAUAAGCUUUUAAAACUACCAUUUUAUAUUCAUUCAUUGACAGCCGAUUGGCGCAGUAGGCAGCGACCCUACUUUCUGAGUCCA